AUGCUCUCCUCUGCCCUUUCGCUUCCUUUCCAAUUUCCACCACUACUAUGCGAUUACAGGUCGGCGGCGGCUAGCUGCCUGCCGACGUGUCAGGCUGAAGUGUCCAAUGGGAAGCUGAGCUGGCCCGAGAACCACGGAUCCCCCACCUACCUGGCUCUCUCCAGCAACAGGCUUGGCCUCUGUCCUCUGCAAUCGCUGCAUGCCCACCACGUGUUCGACAUAAGUCCCCAAUGA